GAGAGAGAGAGAGAGAGAGAGAGAGAGAGAGAGAGAGAGAGAGAGAGAGAGAUUGGCGUCCAGUCCGUGCGUGUCGGAGAAUAGCGGUCUUAUGGGACAGAGAUGGGAGAGGUGUUCCGUUUCUUUACCAGCCUAUGAUACUGACAUAGCCCCCAGGAUGGAUCUAACCACCCGGAAAAUGAUGCUUCUGAUCGGCCUCAGCUGCCUCUGGCUCCAAGUGUUUUCAGAGGUGGUAGCUGAUGACAGUUAUUUAAACGAGGUGCAAAACCCAGCCCCUCUCUCCUGUUUGGAGGGUUUUACAGAGCUGGGUUACUAUAACGGCUCUGUGUCUCAGACGGACUCUGGCGCUCUCUGCCUGCGGUGGACAGAGUUUCCAGACUACGUGCUGCAGUACCCCGGUCGAGGCCUUGGGGAGCACAGCUAUUGCCGUAACCCUGACAGAGAGUCCAACCCGUGGUGCUUCUUCAGACAGACCUCUGGGGCCAUCGGCUGGGCCUACUGCGACUGCCACCAGGGUGCAGCUCGGCUGGUGGGCGGGACAUCGUCAGGAAGUGGACGUGUGGAGGUGUACCUGAAUGGCCAGUGGGGGGCAGUGUGUGACUCUCAUUGGACAUACAGAGAUGCCAGUGUGAUCUGCAGACAGCUGGGACUGGGGGAGAUCGGCACAGCGUUGAAGCGCUCCCGGUUCGGCUCAGGCUCCGGUCUCUUCCACUAUGAGCGGCUGGGUUGCCGUGGUGAUGAGAGCUCCAUCAGCCAAUGCCGGAGCAGGACAUUUGUUACCGGGGAUUGUAGCCAUGGAAACGAGGCGGGAGUGGUGUGUGCUCCACCAGAAGGCAGUGGUCCUCCUCUACGAUUGGUUGGAGGAGAGGAAGACUUUGAGGGGCGUGUGGAGGUGUUUCACGGCAAUAGGUGGGGCUCCGUCUGUGAUGACCAAUGGGACCACAGAGACGCAGAGGUGGUCUGUCGACAGCUGGGCUUCGGGGGCGUGGCGAAGGCCUGGUCGUGGGCCCACUUCGGACAGGGCUCAGGUCCCAUUCAAUUGGACGCCGUAAGGUGUACAGGAAAUGAACUCUUCCUGGACCAGUGUCUUCAUGGAGACUGGGAACAACACAACUGUGACCAUAUGGAAGACGCUGGGGUGUCCUGCAGCCCCUACACAGACGGUGUGGUCCGGUUGGUAGGAGGAGACAGUCCAUGGGAGGGUCGUGUGGAGGUGUUCCACUCUGGGGACUGGGGUACGGUGUGUGAUGACCACUGGACUCAACAACACGCACAGGUGGUCUGUCGACAGCUCGGAUACAGGGGGCAUGCUGAGGUGAUGGCUGACAGAACGUUUGGCAAGGGUUCUGGUCUCAUCCUAUUGGACGAUGUUCGUUGUGAGGGAACGGAGUCGUCCCUGCUGGACUGUCGCCAUGGCAUCUGGGGCCGUAGCGACUGUUCCCAUGGAGAGGACGUGGGCGUCCGUUGCAGGGCCGGAGCUAAAGAAGAAGAGACCAAUGAGGUCCCGGCUGUCGCACUUGCCACAGGUCCCCUGGUGCGUCUGGUAGGGGGUGGUAGCCAUAAGAAAGGUCGUGUGGAGGUGUAUCUCCAUGGAGACUGGGGAAGUAUCUGUGACUCAGGCUGGAACGACCUGAACGCCGCCGUGGUCUGCAGACAGCUGGGCCACAGUGGUCAUGCAGUAGCGGUGGAUGGGUUCGGUUGGGGAAAGGGUCCUGUCCACCUGGACCAGGUGAGGUGUAGGGGGAAGGAGGACUUCCUGGGGGAGUGUCCGUCUCUGGGCCGGAGCCCUGCGGGCUGCAGACGGAGAGAGGAUGCAGGGGUGAGCUGCGACUCCGCCCCCCAGUCAACAGAGGGCCAAGCCAGGCCAAGUGAGCGCACCUGUGGAGUGAGGAAGAUUGUGGCGGAAAAGAACGAGAGGAAGAGUGGAGUGGGAGGAGGAGGAGAGAAUAUACUCAGGACGUCGUGGCCGUGGCAGGUGUCAGUGUGGUUGGGUUCUGAGGGGAAAGAUGGCCAUCCUAUUUGCAGUGGUACUCUGAUCUCUCCCUGCUGGGCGCUCGCCUCCGCUCACUGCUUCACCAGGUUUGGUAUUGACCCAUCCCAGUACGUGGUGCGUGUGGGGGGUUCUGACCGAACUCUGACCCUGGAGAAAGUGGUGGUCCACAGGAAGUUCAGGUCAGAUCAGGGCCCUGGGGGUCAUGACCUGGCCCUGCUGAGGCUGCCCAGCCCCAAGGGUCACUGUUUGACUUUUGACCCCCACACCAAUGCUGCCUGCCUCCCCACCCCGGACACUGCGGGUGGCAAGACCCCCUCCACCUGCAUCGCUGCGGUUACCGCAGGGUGGGACGGCCCAGAUGCUGUGCUUCAGUCCUGGGUACCCCUCCUGUCGUCAUGGCAGUGUAAGAAGCGUUAUGGGGAUGGUUACUCCUCCCACGGCACGCUGUGCGCCGGCAGCCCCCCCGACACACGCCGUCUCCACAGGAACAACGGUUGCCAGGGCAACUGGGGUGGCGGGCUGGUGUGCCAGGGAGACGGGGGGCGAUGGGUGUUGACCGGGAUUGUCUCCGGGGGUUACGGUUGCAGCGACCCCUCAACCCCGGCGCUCUACACACGGGUUGGCCGGUUCCGGGGCUGGAUUGAGGAGGUCACACACACACACACACACACACACACGCAAGAGCGGGAGCAGGAGCGGAACACAUACAGUCAGGAGCACGAGGAGCUCAAACACACACAGGAUCAGCUCACACACACGGAGGAGCGGAGAAUACUUGCAUACGAUUAUGACGAGCUGCAACACACACACUCCCAAGAGCAGAGCACACACACUGAUGAUCAAUUCAUACACACACAGCACAACAAUAAACAUACACACGAUCCCAAUGAGCAUAAACACACUCACACUCACAAUCAGCACGCACAUACACACACGCACGAUAAACACACACACACCCACGAAGCAGUCACACACACACACAACCUGGUCUGAUCCAGGACACUCCAUUGGCUCACCGGCCGUGCCAUGUGACUUUAAGAGGAAGAGGAGGAAGAAUAGAUGAUAAUGGAGGAAGAGGAGGACAUGUUGGAAAAGGAGGGGGAGAAAGAGAAAAAGACAACAAGAGAAAAGGAGAGAUCCUCCUCUUCCUCCUGAUCCAGAUGAUGUAAACCAUAUUAAUGUAAACUCUGGCUGAUUAUGAUCAUAAUGUACUCAGACUGGGCAGACGUGUGUGUUACGCAAGCUGUGGGGUGUGUGCAUGCACGUAUGGGUGCCAUAUGUGUGUGUAUCAUUUGUGUGCGUAGGAGGGGAGAUGGGAUGCUGUAUUGAUAAUGUGUAGCUAGACAACAUGUUUUAGGUAGUCUUUUCUCUGACAGUGGGGUUGGCCUUUUUAUUUAUGGUCUUGUAAUGCCCUAUUUAAAUGUGAAGUCCAUCCAGACUGAUCGGUUAUUCCUUAACCAGUGUAAAAAAAUAAAAAUGCUGCUGUUCAAAAGCUGUUCUCGACUAUCUAAUACCACAGUUGUAUUGCUGAAGAUGCUAUUUACUCUACCUUGGAAAUGGACUGGACUUUCUCUUCUUUCAAAUGUGAACUGGACAGCUCUUCUCUCUCGUUUCAAAUAAACUGGACUUUCUUGGGGGCUCAAAGCCGGACUCUUUGGGGGACAGCAGUUAGCCUUGAAGUGCGGGCCAGUAACCUGAGCUUAAUGGUUCCAGUUCCCAACUACCAUUGUGCCCUUGAGCAAGACACUUUACUGCUUGAACAAAUUGCUCCAGGGAUUCUGCACUGUGGCAUACGCUGUGCCUCUCAACCGCAUUGCAACAUCACAAAAAAAAGACAAUAAAAUUCUAUGCUACUGUACUCUAUUCCUAUUGUACUAUGUUCCUCUCUCUCUCGUCAAAGCCAUAGAGCCAAGGGAUGGAUGGAUCAUAUUAUUUUUUUUGUACUGAUCUCCCUGAACUGUUCUAGUUGUUAACAUUGUGUGUAAAUAGUUCUGAUUGUUUGUGUGUUUUCGUUAAUUAUUGUCUGAUUUCGAUGGCCAAACAGUUAGACUUCCUGUAGUUGAAUGUUCCUCUCUCUGUUCUCUGAGCGGAUGUGUGUGAUCUAACCAGUAGACGGCUAUAUUGUGGUAUAUUCAGAGCCGUAGUUUAUCAUACGCUUAAGGGAGAAGUUGUCCCUAACCACAGAUCUAGGAUCAGAUUAGCCAACUCCAAACCUUAGCCAUUAGGGAGGAUACAAAAAGAUAUGACCCAGAGCCAGUGGUUAGGGGCAAUAUCUACCAACCCCACACAGUAUAUGGCCCUGAUUGUUUUCUGUUUUUGUUUUUUACUGGAUGGACUUGCUCAAUCGUGUGCUGUGCCCUGGUGUUGUGUAGCAUCUUGUAUUCUAUAACUAAUUGUUUCUCUCAAACAGGAAAUGCGCCUAUGCCUCUUUUUUAAACCUCUACAGACUCCUUCCUAUCCAGUAACAUGAUGUGGUAUCUACUAUAUAAUCAUUUCAUGAAACUCCUCCCUGAGACUUGACGUUUGAAUAAAACACUGUCCAGAGAAUCAUACUAAGUCAAUGUAAGUGUUUACAUAGCUGGACAUAUUCCACCAAACCCGCAUUGCAUAAUGUACACAGUGUGUGUCUGUGCACAUAGGCAGCAGUAGUAAACACAGACACUAUGUAAACAAUGCUUUUGUGGGUUUGAUUGAAUCCCAGCCAGAGGGUUUAUGUCUCUGUUUAAAGCUGUGAAGAGUCUGACUCAGUAGAAAUGUAAAACUGUCUUACAGCCAUCUGCGUGUUCCUCUGACUGGUCUGUCUCUGUACUGAAACAUGGUGGACUAUUAAAAGAGAACAGGUCCUGU